UCGCACCUCCGUUACUGAGUUCCCGUUUUCUACACCACCCUCCUCUUUCCUGCUUCUGGCAAAAAGCUACACCACGCUGGUUACUGUGAUUGUUCCAAGUAGUCCUGUGCCACACGUCCACCACGUAUUGACGGAAUUUUAAAUUUCCCAAGUCCCUGACUGUGAGGUUCUUACUGCAAUUGCAACUUGUCACCACAAGGCAGCAGCCACUGAGCUCCUCCUGGCCGUGGGCACUCCUGCUUUGCAACCUGUUUGCCUUGUGUCAUACACUCCAUGCCUUGCUUCCCAAGUGUCUCCUGACUGGAAACAGGGAUCGCACUCCAAGCCCUCUUCUCCUCUAAGAGAAAACGACCCUUUUGAAACUCACUGGCUGGCCAUCUUCCCGAGUUUACAUCAAGCCUAACAGAAGCAUCAUUUAUCUUAAAACAAGCACUGUUUCCUGCCGUCUGAAACUCUGGCACCAACUCACGGUUAAGAACGAACGAGGGAGCCAACUCCGUUAGUUUCCACGCUGCCUAAAUAAAAGAUGCAGAGAACCGCUUGGGGCACAAACGAUCAAUACCACGCCUGCCCCACCCACCCCCAAAUUCACCUGGAAUUCAAGUUCACCCUACAUGAAAGUUACUCAGCUUAUAACGUUACUUCCAAAGAACUGGAACACACCUCCAAUCAUCGUAGCAGCAAAUCUUCCAGGGGACCCCCGGGACUGCUCCUCAACUGUGCCAGAAACCACCAAGAACGGCCGAGACAUCGCAGGCAAGGAGGAAACCGCCCUUCUCCCCACCCCGCUGGCCGCCGUUUCCGCAGGGGGCAGGGAGUGGCGUCCAGGCCCGCGCAGGGAACCCGGCGGCCGCGAACUCACAUUCCGCAGGCGGGAGUCACGGCACCGCACAGCGAGGCGUGGCGACGUGGCCAAGGCAGGACAGCGCAGACAGCGCCUCACCUGUGCGGCCCUGCUCGGGACCCGCGCGGCGGAGGAAAGGCGCCAACCCAAAGGAGUUCGCGGGCCGAGAGCGGUCGGGCGGCUGGGCCUGGCGACAGCGGCGAGGCCCCGCAAGAUUCUUUGUGAUUCCUACCAAUCCUGCAGAGUGCGUCCUAACCAAACGACAACCGCCGGCAAAGUAACUCGAGGAUCGAGAACCUCCGCGGAAGGAAAGCUCCCUCCGCUCCCGCUUCGAAAGGCGGGUUUGCCUGUUUCCCUGCUGCAGCUCCGGUCCUGCCGGCAGCCCGCGGGCUCAGCCCGGCUUCUUCCCCACCCCGAACACCGCCGGGCCUCACACCAGGCGGGAGACCCCGCGCCCCCGAACUACACAUCCCACCCGACGGGAGUCCCGGCAGCGCUCAGCCUCCUUCUGCACGUCCCCUCGCUUCCUUUGGGCCUCCCGGUAGUCCCGGGCUGGCGGUCUCUCGGCGCUCUGCGGCCCCGCCUGUCGGUUGCUAGGAGGCGGGGAAGCGCAGGCGCGCUGGGGGCAGCCGCGCGGCUUGCCGGGCCGGCGGUUGCUCGGCGCUCCGCUGCCCCGCCUGUCUGUUGCUAG